CGCUUCUUAUCGCUCCCAGAAACUCUCACGGCCGCCAUGAUGCUUGUUUGCCUUCAGUAAGAAAGAGCAGCGGAUCAGAAACAAAGGAAACGCGCACUCGUCUCUGUGAACUGGUAUGAGCUUACAGUAUUACCGGGAUGCCCAAGGAAAAAUAUGAUCCGCCUGACCCAAGAAGGAUGUACACAAUAAUGUCCAGUGAGGAGGCGGCCAACGGGAAGAAGUCAUACUGGGCAGAGCUGGAGAUUGUUGGAAGAGUGAGGAGUUUGAGUUCAGCAUUAUGGUCCCUUACCCAUCUCACUGCUCUUCAUAUCAGUGAUAACUCACUUUCGCGAAUCCCGCCCGACAUUGCCAAACUACACAACUUGGUGUACCUGGACCUCUCGUCCAAUAAAAUCAGGAGCCUGCCCGCCGAGCUAGGCAACAUGGUAUCUCUCAGGGAACUGCUUUUAAAUAACAACCAGUUACGAGUUCUGCCUUUUGAGCUUGGAAAACUCUUUCAGUUACAAACGUUGGGUUUGAAAGGGAACCCACUUGCACAAGAAAUCUUGAACCUCUACCAAGAGCCUGAUGGGACACGUCGGCUCCUCAGCUACCUGCUGGACAAUCUCGCAGGCACCAAACGUGAACAGCCACCACCUCGCUCAUGGAUACCAUUGCAGGAGCCUGACCGGACACGGCCAGCAGCACUUUUCUCUGUAAUGUGCUACAACGUGCUGUGUGAUAAGUACGCCACACGUCAGCUCUACGGCUACUGUCCCUCCUGGGCCCUCAACUGGGAAUACAGGAAGAAGUCCAUCAUGCAGGAGAUCCUCAGCUGCAGCGCAGACAUCAUCAGCCUGCAGGAAGUGGAGACGGAGCAGUACUAUAGCUAUUUCCUGGUGGAGCUGAAGGAACAUGGUUACGAAGGAUUCUUCAGCCCGAAGUCCCGGGCCAGGACUAUGUCAGAAUCGGACCGCAAACAUGUUGACGGCUGCGCCAUUUUCUAUAAAACGGAGAAGUUCAGUCUGGUGCAGAAGCACACAGUGGAGUUCAACCAGCUGGCUAUGGCAAAUUCUGAAGGUUCAGAGGCCAUGUUGAACAGGGUGAUGACCAAGGACAACAUCGGAGUGGCUGUACUACUAGAGCUGCGGAAAGAGAUCAUGGAGCAGUCUGCUGGAAAGCCUCUGCAUGGCAUGGAGAAACAGCUCCUCCUUGUGGCCAAUGCUCACAUGCACUGGGACCCCGAGUACUCGGAUGUGAAGCUUGUCCAGACCAUGAUGUUUCUGUCUGAAGUGAAGAACAUUGUGGACAAAGCCACUCGCAGUCUCAAGCUCUCCUCCAUCUCAGGAGAAACCAAUGCUAUCCCUCUCGUCCUGUGUGCUGACCUCAACUCUCUGCCUGACUCGGGUGUGGUGGAGUACCUGAGCACAGGUGGUGUGGACAGCACCCACAAGGACUUCAAAGACCUGCGAUAUAUUGACAGCUUGACCAACUUUAACUGCAACGGCAAGAACGGCACCUCCAGCACCAGGAUCACACACGGCUUCAAGCUGAAGAGUGCUUACGAGAACGGCCUGAUGCCUUUCACCAACUACACCUAUGACUUUAAGGGCAUCAUUGACUACAUCUUCUACUCUCAACCUUUGCUUAAUGUGCUGGGCAUUUUGGGUCCCUUGGACCUCCACUGGCUCCACGAGAACAAUAUCGAUGGCUGCCCCCAUCCCCACGUCCCCUCUGAUCACUUCUCUCUGUUUGCACAACUGGAGCUGCUCCUGCCCUAUCCGCCUGCUGUCAAUGGCAUUCAUCUGCCGGGUCGCAGGUAGUUCUCCGAGCCAGCAGGGGGAGCUCCGGCCCCGACCUCCUUUUGCUCUCAUAGUGGAGAGAGAAUGAGGCAAGGGCUGUUGUGUAUAAAUCUGAUUCCCUUAAGAGGAGAUGGGGUACGGCAAACUUUUAUUCCCACGGAUUUUAACUGAAAAAGACAUUAAUGUCAGUCUUAUGUCUACCAUCUCCCACCCAGUUUUUGUUGUUGUUUUUGUUUUCCCACCUUCUGUUUUCUGGGCACAGUUAACAUUCUGUACUUUUUCUUUCCAAAACCCCAAGGGCCCUGAGUGAUUAUGUAAGUUUUACCUAAAGACAGAAAAAAAAAAGCUUUUUUAUAAAUAACUAAAUGGCAAUAUCUUUGAUACCCAUGCAGGGAGUCCCGAUCAAGCGAGUUAUCAUGAAGCGCAUAAUUUUGAUCAUGCUACUAUAAAGCCAGUUUAGAGCAUGCAGCUGAAUUUGAUGAAAAAUAAAAAUGAAUUUCACCAGCUUAGGUCAGAUAAUCCGACUCCAGGAACAACCCUUUAAACAAGGGCUUUUAAUGUGUAAAGAGAGCUGGCCGAACUCAUAUUUGCACUCAGUGGUGCUGAGGCCUCUAGCUGUACACCAGCGAUGGCUUUGCACGGCCCACCAUCACCACCUGCCGGGCCUUGUUGGUCUUAUAAUUAAGUCUAUUGGAUGCCAGAGCGAUUGUACCCUUUUUUUUUUUUUUUUUCUCUCUCCUUUCUUUCCAAGUGUGAAUGCCCGUUUAUGCUCCCUGUGAUGGCCGACUUAUGAAGUCGUCUAGCUUCAUGUGCCAUAGAGCACUCCUUGAAAUGAGGUGUUCGCUUUUUGGUGCGUACAGCUGAGAAAUGAUUUCAGGGAAGAGAAUUAUCUGGAAUGGCCUUUGCAGCUGGGGAAGUUUAGCCGGAAAUCAUGUUAAGAUGCGGAGAAUGUUAGAACAGGCAAAGACGAGCACAUCCCACUCCUAGACCCUCAGUGUGACCUGUAGAUGCCUCACCCAGCCAAGACUCCAGAUCACUCCAGAUUCUUAUUUAAAAUAAAAAAAUAUCUACAUGAUUGUAUACAAACGGCAAAGUUCCUGAUAAACUGUUUUUUUUUUUGUACACUUUUAGAUUUGGUUAAAAUGAUUGUAUUGUAAAUGGAAGUUAAGUUUCUUUUCGUUUCAGAUGUUCAUCCUAAUGAACAGUCAAAAGACCAGCGUGUUAAAAAAAAAAAAAAAAAAGGUUUUCAGGUUUCUGCUGUGUAAAGUUGCACUUUUUUCAAAGGUUCCCUUUUUUUUUUCCCAGUGUACCUUUUUUAUUUUUUAUUUUUUUUAAUAUUCCACUGAGGCAGAUAUUUGGUGACGUCGUCUUGUUACCCACUCCGAUAUUUAAGAACAUGCAUCAUUGUGUGCCUCACUGAUUCUUUCUCGAAGCGCACUGCCAGUGCUAUCAGUGGACACCUGAACAGCCUCAAUCUUUCUGUACAUCUUCACCAUUCUUAGAUAAUAUCCUCAUUUCUGUUGGUUGGGGCAGGGUUUGUAUUCGCUAAAGGACAUCAUAAUCUAAAAAAACAAUUUUCUUUGAGUGUCUACAAAGUCGGGUAAAGUAAGUGUUUCUGCUGUGCGAUCUGCGCUCGUGAUUUGGAGAAAUCCUGUCAUUCUCCUUAAGGUUUUUUUGUUUUGUUUUUCCUCAUUUGAAUUCCCUAUUUACUGCCACUUUUCCUCUCGACUCAGGCAAUUCACUUUAUCCGUAUAUUUUGCUUGUGUAUCUCUUUGUUUUGGAUCUCGUUCUGUAUUUCACUUCCUGCUAAAUCACUGUUAUCUCCAUGUGUCGUGCCAUCCAAUGCAUUCUGCCACGAGGCCAAGUGUAAAGCUCGAUUUACUACUGUAAAGCCUGUUCUCUGACCUAAUGAAAACAUACAUGGUAAUUUUUUUUUUUUUUUGGUUGUUUUCUUUAAAUGCAAGGCUAGAGUACCAUUUAGUGUGGUCUGAUUUAUAACUUCAUCGUCUACGGUGGCACCGUCGUUUAUUGCCACAUGCUCUCAAAGCCAAUUUGUUUUCUGUUUCCCCCUCCCUAUUGAAUUUGUCAGGUUUUUAAAAUCGAAUGGAUUGACAAGCACUUAUUGUAGAUCACUGGUGCAGCUACUCAUUGCAUUUUCGUUUUUUUUAAAUGAAAACCCACUUUUGCUUUGAGGCAGAAGUCCAUUUUAAUGACUUUUAUCAAGCAAGAGAAAAUAGAUGAACUGGGGAGGACCAUCUUAUAGUUGCUGUUUUUGGUGUCCCUUUUUAUUCCUUACGUUAUCUCAGUCAGUUUUGUUUUUCUUCUGGUUAUUUUUAAUUGAAAGCAACUUGUCUGGUUUUGGAUUGCUGAUGGUGUUGUAGUAAAAAGAUUUUUGUAAAGUGUGAAUAAAUAAUGUAUCACGUUUCCUUUCUUUGACCUGAAUUGUUAAUGUAUUAUAUCUAAUAGUUUGUCUCUUUAAUUUUGAUUUUGUUUUGUAAUACACAAAACCAAAUUUUUUUGUAAAAAUGUUGGCACACUGAAUUAUAGAUUUAUAUUGUUGCUAACCUUCACUUCAAGAUACUUUUUGAGAAGGGAAAAAAAAUGCGUCAAUGGGAUCGUAAAGUGUCACAGAGAAAUAAAGUGCUGUCAUUUUGUCACCAAACAAUUUUGACUUUGACCCUGAGCUUUAUGUGACAUUUCACUUUGUUUGAGAGCCAGUUAGUUUAAAGUGUAUAAACACGUUUGGGUUGUGGUAAGCAUAGCAGACACUUUUAUUUCUCUCCAGAUUUUCCUGUUUUCUUUCUAUUGAUUUCCAGAAGAAAGUAUGCUUAAAUGUAGAUGAGAUGGAGACCUCUCUUAUAUUAGCAAGUGUUCUUGUUCUCCUUCGGUUCUGUGCACUCCUCAGUUUCACAACCUCUGAAUAAGUCACUUUAACUAAAUUGUGCAUGUUUAGAUAUUGUUGCCAUCACCAACUUAUUUAGGUGUUUUUGUUUCCUAUGGGUCAAAGGCAAUGGUUUCAGGUGGUUUCUUGUGCACAACAGGCAAAAACAGCAUAAUGCUAAUCAUGUCAACAUGCUCAACUUGGCAAUAAUGACUCGGCCAUUUUCCCUCUUUUCAGAUCCACUUGAGCAGAUGUUUCUGACUUUACCAUAGAAUUUAUUUUCGUUUCCUUUUCCUGUGUCAUAGUCAACAUUUCUCUGUCAGUAGGGGUAGUAUUUCAAUGGUCAGGACUGGUUGAAUCAGCUGAGAGUCAAUAAGCAUUUAGGUAAUGUCACUAUAUAAUGCACUGGACCAAGUCUUGUUUACCAUUUAUGGAAUACCAGCAUAACACUUGCACAAUGUUAAAA